ACGAAUUUUGAGUUGAAAAUGACUUUUACUAAUUUUGUAAUUAAUGGGUUGAGUUGGAUUUGAAUUUUUUGAAAAAUUCGCUACUCUUUAUCAAUUUGAGAUCAUAUUCAUAAAUAUUAAAUCGAUAUUUUACCUGCUUUUGUAAUCGACACAUUAGGCCGGGUUAACAAGCCGAUAUUUCGGUUUGAUUCCCGGUGGGUGGAAAAUCCUGAAACUCGAUUGUUGGUCAGUUAUGUUUGGCAACAAACAUAUACUGGGACUCCGAUGUAUCGCCUUUGGCAACGUCUCAAAGCACUUCGCCAUCUGCUCUAUGACUGGAGUCGAGCAGGUACGAACAAUGCAGCAAGGAACAUUCGGAUCCUGCAGACGGAGAUUGAGGCAUUGAAAGAAGGCGAGGGUAUAGAUUGGAAUCGUAUUAGCGAUUUAGAGAAGGAUUUAUCUAAGCAAUGGGCUUUGGAGGAGGAAUUUUGGAGGCAAAAAUCGAGGGUCCGGUGGCUGGAAAGAGGAGACCAGAACUCUUCCUAUUUUCAUACUGUCACGCGGGCACGUCGUAGACGAAACUUCAUUGAAGGUUUACGGGAUAAGCAGGGUGACUGGGUGACAGAUGAAAGGCAGAAAGGUACGGUGGCAGGGGAAUUCUAUUCGGAACUCUUCACAUCGGAGAGACAGUCUCCGGAUUGGGAGGAGAAGAUGGAUGGCCUGCAGGUACAUGGGAGGGUCUCGGAGGAGAUGAAUGGGGCUUUGACUGCGGAGGUCACGGCAAAUGAGAUUAGACGGGCAGUGUUUUCGAUCGGGGCAACCCAAGCACCGGGAUCAGAUGGGUUUACUGGGAAAUUCUAUCGGGCGUACUGGGACAUUAUUGGGAUGGAUGUAGUGGAGGCGGUUCAGUCCUUCUUCCGGUCAGGACGAUUACUGAAAAGUUUCAAUCAUACCUGGUUAACUUUGGUCCCUAAGGUGGACGCGGUUGAGAGUAUGAAACAAAUCAGACCGAUCAGUCUAUGUCAAUUGUUUUAUAAGAUUAUCUCUAAAAUCAUGGCGGAGCGGAUGGCUGUUGUUUUGCCCUCCAUUAUCUCACCUGAGCAGAAUGGGUUCAUUCGGGGCCGCCAGAUUGUGGAUAAUGUGCUUAUAGGACAUGAGGUCAUGCACUAUCUUAAGAUUAAGAAGCGAGGUAAGAAAGGCUAUCUAGCUCUGAAAGUCGACAUGGAAAAGGCUUAUGAUAGAGUAGAGUGGGAUUUCUUAUUCGUGAUUAUGACCAAGAUGGGGUUUAGUGACCAAUGGAUUGGCUGGAUUCGGGAGUGCGUGUCAACAGCGACUUUUUCGGUAAUGAUGAAUGGUACGCCGGUAGGGUACUUUAGCUCGACGAGAGGACUCCGGCAAGGGGAUCCGUUGUCCCCUUUGUUGUUUGCUAUCUGCUCUGAAGGUUUCGCAGCGUUGUUACGCAAGGCAGUGGAGGAGAAGAGAUUAGCUGGGGUUAAAGUUAAUCCGAGAUGUCCGAGUAUUUCACAUUUAUUUUUCGCUGACGACUCUUACCUGUUUUUGAGGGCAUCGAAGCAGGAAUGUGAGACAUUAGUGCUUUUAUUGGGACAAUAUCAGGAGUUGAGUGGCCAGAAAGUAAAUCUGAGUAAGUCUGCUGUUUGUUUUAGCCGUAAUGUUGAGCCUAGUGAUGUUGAUGAAAUGGCGGCUAUCCUUGGUGUCGGGGCUAUAGGAGUUCAGGAUAAGUACCUGGGGCUACCGUCGUUGGUUCAACGAUCUAAAGUGGAGACUUUUAGGUAUUUGGAGGAACGCCUGCUAGCUAAACUUCAAGGUUGGAAGCAGAAGCAGUUGUCUUGGGCAGCGAAGGAGGUGUUAUUGAAAGCAGUGGCGGCUGCCUUACCCAUCUAUGUUAUGUCUUGCUUUCUCUUGCCGGUGACGCUUUGCCGUAAAUUGGAUAAGCACAUGGCUAGAUUUUGGUGGGGGUAUUCAACCGAAAAAGACAAGGCUCAUUGGGUGUCCUGGAGGAACCUUUGCAGGAGUAAGUUCGAUGGUGGGCUUGGGUUUCGGCGGUUUGAAAAUUUUAAUCAGGCCCUGUUGGCGAAGGUGGCUUGGAGAGUCGGACAAGAGCCGGGGUCUCUCCUGGCUCGAGUGAUGAAAUACAAGUAUUUUGCCAACUCGGCUAUCCUUCAAGCGAAUCGAGGGUCGAGGCCUUCGUGGGGAUGGACUAGCAUCUUGCAUGGAAGGGAUUUGCUCAAGCAAGGAUUGAUAUGGCAGAUAGGUGAUGGGGCUACAGUACAGGUGUUAGGAGACAAUUGGGUCCCGGGGUGGCGACCGGAGGAGAUUGUAUGUCGAGCCUCUGCGCCUAAUUUGAAUGCUGUGACAGUGCAGGCGCUAAUGAUCCCGGGAACGGGAAGAUGGUGUCUUGAGUGCUUGCAGCAAUGUUUUUAUGAGGAUGUUGUGGCUAGAAUUUGUUCUAUCCCAUUGCCGGUGCAGCCGGUGAGGGAUAAGCUGGUGUGGUCGCGGGAAAAUGAUGGGGUGUAUAGUGUCAGGUCGGGAUACCAUUUAGCAUUCACUCUUAGUCGCCGUUUGCCGGGGUGGAAGGAUGAGGUUUCCUUUUUUGACAGUGGGUUUUGGAAAAAGGUAUGGGAUUUCCCCAUUCAGCCAAAGUUGAAGUUUUUUGUGUGGCAAAUGCUUCGACGUAUUCUGCCCACCAUGGAGGCGAUUGUUGAAAAGGAAGGAAAGGUGCCGGCAGUGAUACUGGAGAGUGCGGAGGAAGGGGAGUUGGUCAAGCUACAAUGCCCGGUGUGCUGGGAGCCUAUGGAGACCUUGGAACACAUGUUUCUCUCGUGUACAGUGGCUAGGGCUCUCUGGGAGAGGUCGGGCAUUGUUGGAGGAGUAAGUUCUCCUCAUGCGAGUAAUUUUGCUUUGUUCUUUCGUCGGUUUGUUGAGCAGGGUUCUAGUACUGAGAGGAUUGUCCGAUUUGUGGCGCUGUUAUGGAGAAUCUGGAAGAGUCGGAAUUGGGUGGUCUUUGAUCAUGUGCAGUAUGCUAUUCCGCGGCUUGUGCAGCAGUAUGAGAGCCAGGUUAAGGAGUGGCUCUCGAUUGUGCACCCUGUUCCGGUUCAACGUGAUUUGAGUCGGGUGGGUGGGGAGAUGGGCGGGGGGAGUAGGUGUGGCCAGGGGCCGGGUGUAGUGUCGUAUUCCUGUUUUGUGGAUGGUGCAGUGGCGCCGGGGUCUCAUGGUGCGGGGGGGUUGGUGGUUCGAGAUGCGAUGGGUAGUGUUUGUUUUGUUCAAGGCUUUUCUUAUGCAGGUCUUGUUGAUCCCUUCUUAGUGGAAUUGGUAGCCUUCCGUGAUGCGAUUCGGUGGUGCUUUUUGAAGGGUCUCACUGAAGUGAAGUUUUAUGGAGAUGCUAAGGUUGUCAUUGAGAAGAUUCAGAGAGCGGAUGCUAGGGACCUGCGUGGUGGAAGGAUCUUGGAGGAGAUUGGUGGGAUCCGGCGACGCUAUCAGAGUUUUGACAUUGGUUUUGUUGGCAGGAGUAACAAUCGGGUGGCUCAUGAGGUGGCCAGGAAGACCCUUUCUUUGUUGCCUGCGAGUGUGGAGAGUUUUGAUUUUGAGCGGUGGUUUUUCUUGUGAUGUAAACAGUGCUGUCUUUUGGUCUUGGUAAUAAAAGCUAUCUAUUGUU